CCGCCUCCGCGGCACAUUGCUCCCGUCUUGACCUCCGAAGUUCCGCCAGCAGCCAACGUCUCCGACACGGUCACGCCCCCAAAAGUAGGGGUCAGCGAGGGAAGCCAGAAAUCCGGUAGAACGCCCUUGGUUGCUUCAGCUCUCUCCUUCACGAUCUCGCGCGCAGCCGCCUCUUCUGCCUCAGCGACGAUUUUAGACACGCGAGAGUCAUUGAAUUCAAAGGCGUCCGAGAAAGCUCGCUUCUUUCCGGUCGAUGUGGGGUCAGCCACCGCCGCCGUGCUUGAGCCUGAAGGACUGAAAGCAAGACCUAGUUGCCCACGUUCAAAAUCCCGCAAGACGCGUUCUCGAGCAGUUUCUUUCGCGCUCUCUACUUCCUCUUGUAUUUGCUUCUUGAUUUGCUCUGCUUUCUCCUUCUGUCGCUUCAAAUCCUUCUUUUGCGAUACUGGGUCCGCGUUGUGAAUCGGUUCUCGUCAGGACAGGCGGACGUACGCAGAUCAUUCAUCGCACACUCUUUGCAGAACAGGUGGCCCUCUUUACAACAGACAGGUUCUCGAGCAGUCUGAAGACACAAGACACAGGCGUCGAAACGGCGCAGACUCUCAUUGCCCAGACGCUGACGCUUUGUUCCGUAAACUGUCGCUGCCUUCUUAUAUUCAUGGUAGGAGAAGAUGCUGGACGCAGUGUUGUUCUUCGAGUGCUUUGUCAUGUCGUGAAUAAACUUCGGAGAUUUGUAGUUGAACGAUAAUGAGCGAUCGAGAGCAGCACUCGUCAGUGGAUGUGAAGGCUGAUCCGUGUCAGUCGUCACAUCAAAAGUACACCGCCGUGACCCGCCCGUCUUAUCAGGACAACUCAAUCUGACGAUCAAAAUUACGCUUUCUCCCGUACCGCCAUGUCGCGUGUUCCACUCCCCAAGUCCAUCCUGGACACUGACUUGUACAAAAUGACUAUGCAACAAGCCGUGUUGCAUCAUUUUCCAAACGUUCAGGGAUCCUACAAGUUCACGCUGCGCGACAAAUCUGCUUUAUUCACCAGGCAUUCCGUAGAGAUUUUCCAGGACACCGUCAACCGAUUCGGUGAAUUGGUUCUGUCGGACGAUGAGCUUGUCUGGAUGCGGACGGCGUGUCCGUACUUUACGGAUGCUUACCUCAACCACCUGAAGGGCUUCCGCUUUGAUCCUGUUGGGCAAGUGCGGAUACGAUUUGUGCCCAGCGCCUCAGAUCCGGACCGCGGCCAUGUGGACAUCGACAUCGAGGGACCCUGGGUCGAUACGAUCCUAUGGGAAGUGCCCCUCAUGGCGACUCUGAGCGAAGUGUACUUCACGCUUGUUGAUACGGAAUGGAACUACGAGGGACAAGCAGAUCUUGCGUUCGAAAAAGGGCUUGCUUUGCUCAAAAACGAUUGUGUGUUUAGCGAGUUCGGUACCCGGAGAAGGCGCUCUUUCGAAGCCCAAGAUAUCGUCGUGCAAGGACUCGUGAAGGCGUGUAAUGAACAGCCUAGUCAGGGUCGGCUUGCUGGCACGAGCAAUGUAUAUCUCGCGUACAAGCACCGACUAGUCCCCGUGGGAACGAUAGCACACGAAUGGUUUAUGGGCAUUGCAGCGCUCAGGGGAUAUGAGAACGCGAACUCUUUGGCAAUGGAUCUUUGGGAAGAGGUCUAUCCCAAGGCGCUGUUAAUCGCGCUCACCGAUACCUUUUCCAGCAAGGCUUUUUUCCAGAAUUAUGUCGGUGACAAGGAGAGAGCCAAUCGGUGGCAAGGAUUGCGACAAGACUCGGGAGACCCAUUUGAAUUCGGACUUCGGUGCAAAUCCGUGUUCGAGUCCCUGGGCAUAGAUCCCAAAAGCAAAAUGAUCAUAUAUUCCGAUGCUUUGGACAUCGAGAAGAGCGUUCGACUCAAGAAGCAAGCGGAUGAGAUCGGCCUGAAUGUUUCUUUUGGAAUCGGCACAUUCUUGACGAACGACUUCAAAAACCUCAGUGGAAAGAAAAGCAAGGCGCUCAACAUGGUCAUCAAGCUCUCAUCUGCUGACGGCCGUCCUUGUGUAAAAAUUAGCGAUGAUCUGACCAAGAACACCGGGGACAGCGAGACAGUCCGUCUGGUCAAGAAGAUCUUUGAUUUGCAGUGACGCAGUCAUCAGUUGUAUCUUUAAUUAAUCGUAACCAGAAACAGAAAAUACUAGAUGUACAAGGCUCGUGUAUCCAUUAAUUGAGUGUCCUCAAUCACUGUCGAGUGGCCUCAAUCGCUGUUGAGAAGCCUCAAUCACUCAUUUCGUCCUCGCUGCCGCCUUCGUCGUUGGUCCGUUGGGCGGCCUGUUUCUUCCGACCAGCACUUCUGGUGGCUUGGCGACCUCGGUUUUCUUCGUCUGCGUUGGCAGCAUCGACGUCCAUCCCGUCGCCAACGCUGAGUUUGCCGUCUUCGUCUUCGUCUUCAGGCAUACUAGCCAAAGACUGCACCCAGCCCCCGUCACCAAGCCCGGAGGGAAAGUCGUCCAGCGUAGCACCAUCAUCAUCGGAGCCUCCUCGGAAGCCCUGGAGCUGUUGUUCGAGCUCGCGGUUACGUGCUCCCUGAGCAGUGACAAGUUGCUGGAGGUAUCUGCGCGCGGAUCGGUACCAGGAUCGGUCACAUGCAACACAACUGACCGGAUAUAUUCGACGCUCUUCCGGAGAACCAUGCCUUUGUUGGCUUUGACGACACCAUCUUUACCAGUGGUCAUGCCUUCCAUAUUACCGUUGGACGCCGGGCUCGCCACUGCAACGUCCUUUCCAUCUUCGUCUCCGUCCUGUUUCGAGCCUGCGCGCGGACAUCACAUCACAAUUCCAGCACAUCGAGCAAGACGUACCAGGCCCUACUUCCAGUAAACACUCGGGGAUGAGCGUCGCCAACUCAGAAAUGCGCUCGUUUAUGUUGUCUCUUCUCCGACGCUCAACGGCGUUGUGUGAUUCUCGCCGGCGGCGACGCUUCUCGUUUGCAAUGAGGGCCGCUUUGGACUCUGUGUGAGCUCAGAAGUUCGCUCUGUGGAAACAGAACAAUGUGCACCUUUGGGCUCCUGUUUUGUUUCCUGCGCGACGUCGUGAACGGCCAUUCCGUUCAAGCUCCCGAAGCUUCCGGGAACACCAUCUCCGAUGUCGAGGUUCAGAUUGGUCAUUCCAUUCAGUCCCAUGCCGAUGCCUAGACCACCGAACUUGGUUUCCACCGGACUGCCAUACGAGCUGCCAUCCAGAUAGGACGAGUUGGGCGAAUGGAUCGACGAAGAGAGCGACGGAAGGGACGGAUGCGAGGCAGGAUCAACGGAAGACGAUGGCCGAGGUGUGACCGCUUUACAGAUCGGAUGAGCGACAUAUUGUGUUGAUCAAGCAGGUCAGUGACUCACCUCCUCCGGGUAUCACAAUGGCUCCUGGCACGGGCCGAUGAUGAGGCGGUGGGCUGCCAGCUCCGAAUGAGUCGGUUCUGCGCGAUCUUGAAUUACGCGUGGGCCCCGGUCCGACCGAACCGACCGAAAGAUGGGAAGAAGGCGGUCGGCUGCGGCUUCGGCUCCUCGAUUGUGAAUGGCGAUGGGGACUGGGGGAGUGAUAGCUUGACGGUGUCGAGGCAAAAGUGGUACCCGGAAGCCCGUUGGCAGACGGGGGGUGUGGAUCAUAUCGCAUACUGCUGUUGAGUGCCGGCAGUGUCGAGUUGAAGUUGUAAUGGCGAGUGAGCGGGCCAUCGGGAGGCGAGGAAGAGUCCCGGCCGUUGUUUUGGCCAUUCCCAUUGGUCGUAGAUGCAGAUGGUAGGGAAAAUUGGGAGGGAAAAGAGCCGGCGCCAGAUCCUGAUCCUUGCAUAUGGUGUCCGUACGAGUGUCCGUGGUGCAACGGAGGGGCGCUGAUAUCGAAGAUGUUGUGGGUAUGGGGAGGCGAAUGGUAGCUCCCUACACUGGAGGGACGAAAAUCACCGGUUCCAGGAUUGGGUGGACCGCCCUCGUUAUUGUUCCCUGAGUGGAUCAGGCUCACGAGCUCGCUGUCGAGAUCGAGAUUGCCCGGAUGAAAGACGCUGUGCCCGAGCCCAAAGACAGACGAUCCCGUCGUACUGUGGUGCGAUGAGGAGGAGUUCGAGGAAUCGUGGUUACUCGUGUCGGUGCCAGAGUGGGAAAAAGGUGGAGGGGUCGGUAGAUGGAAUCCCUCUUGCCGGACGACAGGGAUAUUCUGGGGUUCCUGGUGCUUGUACAUGGAGAACGGAACGGCUUCGCGAUUAUCUUGGGGUUUCAGGCCUAGUUUUGGCCUCGGUUCAGUUCCUUGUGACCCAAGUUCUCAGCAGUAGAAAGCUCUGUCGUCAGUGCGGAGGUGAUCAGAAUCUGGGGUUACCCCAGUGGCUGUGGAAAUUGAUUAGCUGGUCCGAUUGGUCCUUCCAACGUCACCGCGAUGACUCACCCGGUUUCAAAUUUCACCUUGUGCCACCUGAAACGGAAACGGGCUGACUUAGGAGAGAGAUGGAAGAUACAAUGUCAUCAAAAUUACAGGAUGACAAAGGCUUUGGAAUCGAGAACUCCGAUGCGCCAGAUCAAGACAGAUCGUAAAGGGACCGUUCACACCUCAAUUUCUCCGCAGUCCGCAAUCUUGACAAGGGAUGACUUGUCAUCAACUGCGCUUCUCACCAUGCGCUUUUCAAACUCAGUGCAUCACGAAGCAAUAUUCAGAACAGAGCAUCUGAGCGCAUGUUCUGAUAGGACUUAGAGGCCGAGAAGGACUUGAGAUUGUAAUUCUCGGAGUUCUGUGGGCCGAGGAUCCUGUGC